AUGGCUGAGACCUUCCGUCGUGAUCUCACCCCUAUGGCCAACCCCGCCACAGCAGCAUGGGACGUCCCCAUCUCCAGCCCUGACCACAGCAAGCUCCUCAAGGGCUUCUCGCCACAGGACAUGGACGCCAGGUGGGGGCUACAAGCCGACGCCCCGGACGCGCAGGGCAACUCCAUACUACGCAUAUAUAGGAGCUGGACGGGAGAUGAGCAGAUGGCCCUGACGGUGCAGCAGACCAAGAUUUCUCAGAUUCAGUGGAUUCAGCGGGAAGAUUUUGGGGAGAAUGAUGCUAAAGAUUUUGUGAAGAGGAUGUGUCGGAGUCUUUUAGGUUGCGAUUUAGAGGCUCUGUCGUAA